GCUAACGCCACCAGUGAUGAGGAGUUCCAGAACUCAUUACAGGAGACAUUGAAGACCAUAUCGGAAAAGGCGCAGACAGUGGUCGGUCAGGACAACAACCUCUCGGAGGAAGAGUUGGCAAAAAUCUGGUCCAAUCUGGGGAUUGGCGGCGAAGAGGAGGCGGACGGUGGCAGUGGUUUUGCGAAUCUGAUGCCAUUGAUGACAAAUAUGAUGCAAAACCUAUUGUCCAAAGAGCUGCUAUACCCGGCGCUCUCAGAAUUGGCUGAAAAGUAUCCGGUUUACUUGAAUGAGAACAAAGACAGUCUGUCGGCCGAAGACCUGAAACGAUACACAAAACAGAUGGAACUGAUGAAAGAGGUGUGCAAUGAGUUCGACGCCGAACUGCCCGAAGACACGGAAGCGGUGAAGAAGGAGCGCUUCCAACGGAUACUAUCGGUGAUGCAAUCGAUGCAAAACUGCGGUUCGCCGCCCACUCAGCUCAUCGGCGAUGUGCCCGACUUCGCCUCUGGUCUCCCGCCCGACCUUAAACUCCCGAACUUUCCCGGUUUGAAUAGCGACCAAAACCCGGGCCAGUGUUUGAUUAUGUGAUCAUCUUUUAUAUACACUCUUCUCCUCUGUUUCUCUUACUUUCUUUCGUAAUAAAGUUGUAGUUUUUUAUCACUUUUCUCUCAUCUUUAGCUUUGAAUCC